CCUCGACUCACUGGUUACUUCAACUUAAACCAGUCGCAUCUUGGAAAAAGGAGAAGGCGCUACGAUGGCGUCCUCCUCCACGUUGAACGCCCCGGCCGCGUUCGAUGAUGACAAGACUUUAGACAUAAAGCCGGACGAGCGGGAUGGAAACAGCGACAGCAACAGCAAUAGCGAUGUUGAGAAGGGACAGGUUGCGCAGGCACAGGAUGAGCUCGACUGGGACAAUGCUCCCGAGAAUCCGUAUAACUUUCCAGGAUGGAAAAAGGCUCUGACCAUUUUUGCAUUGGCUACAAUGGGUCUCACGGUUUCAAUAGCCACGUCCAUCUCCUCCUCGUCCGUCAACCUUCUCAUGGAAGAGUUUGGCGUCAGUCGAACCGUCGCCCUAUUGCCUCUCACCCUCUACGUCGUUGCUCUCGGCCUUGGUCCUAUCAUCGGCGGUCCCCUUUCCGAGACUAUUGGACGAUAUCCCGUCAUCAUGGGUGGCCUGACUAUUGGUGCUCUCUGGACCCUUGGAGCUGGCUUCGUCCACAACUUUGGCGCGCUGUGCUUCUUCCGCUUCCUCUCUGGCUUCUUCUGGGCUCCUAUUCUGGCUAAUGCGCCUGGAUCCAUCUCAGAGACGUUUAUGCCAAAGACGCGAGGACCUGUCAGCGCCAUCUUCAUUCUGACUCCUUUCUUGGGCCCCGGUCUUGGCCCCGUUAUUGGUUCUUUUGUUUCUGUCGACAAGGGCUGGCGAUGGACUGAGUGGACAAUGCUCUUUUUCUCUGUAUUCAGCAUUGGUCUUGGCUUAAUGAUCGGAGAGACUUUCCACCCCGUUCUCAAACGCCGUCUAGCCAAGAAGAAGGGCAUCGAAAUGCCUCCUCUCCCUCCCAUGAACGAGCGAAUCAAGACAUUUGCCGUUGUCGCAGCUAUUCGACCAGUCAAAAUGUUGUUCACCGAGCCCAUUGUCACAUUCAUCUGCCUCUACGUCGCCGUCGAUUUCGGUACCCUUUUCAGCUUCUUUGGCGGUGUCCCUUACACAUUCGGCACGGUAUACCAUUUCACCACCGAUCAAUCCGGUCUGGUCUUUAUUUCCAUCGUUAUCGGCUGUUUCCUUGGACUUGCCACCAUCAUGGCCUGCGAAAUCUUCCUCUAUCGAAAGCAGAUCCCCAACUAUCCUCCUCACAAGGUGCCGCCGGAGCACAGACUUUAUCCCGCCAUGCUCGGUAGCUUUGGCUUGCCCCUCGGUCUUUUCUGGUUCGCCUGGACUGCUCGCAAGGAUAUCUCUUGGGCAAGCCCGGCCGCUGCCAUUAUUCCUUUUGCGUGGGGGAACUUUUUGGCACGAUACGGCUUUGCUGGCGUGUUCCCCCUCUUCACGAUACAGAUGUACACCACUCUCGGAAUCGACUGGGCCAGUAGUCUGUUGGGAUUCAUUGCUCUGGCAUUGAUCCCUAUCCCCUGGGUUCUCUUCAAAUUUGGUCCUAAAAUCAGGGCCAAGAGUAGGUUUGAGACGCACAAGUACGAGUAA